UAGAUGUAGGUAUUCUUAUUUUGUUUGUUGGAUUCAACUAGACUGUACUUCUUCUUCUGCUUCGUCUCUCACUCGUUCCUCCGGCCCUCUCUCUCGGCUUCGUCUCUGCUUGGUUCCAUUUUUCCAGACUCUGUCACAUGGCUUUCAACUCUGUAGCGGCUUUCAUUUCCAGAUCUAAACCCUAUCAGUCGUGUGCUAGGGUUUAUCUCUCACUUCCCUUUUCCAGAUUCCAACCAAUUUCACACAGAGAGAUGAGUACUUACAACAACCGGUUCAAUGGCGGAGACGAUUUCCCGCAGGAGGCAAAGGAGAAGUGUUGGGAGAGCGCAAAGGUUGUCCCUGGAAUGAACAAAGAUAGAUGGCGCCUAGAUGUCCAAGGAAACCCGGUUUGUAAGGUCUUAAACCAAGGUUUUCUUGGAUCAUAUUGCUACGAGUUUCAUUCCAUUGAUAAAGACAAGGAACUGACUGCCGAAAACUGUCAGAUUCUGUCUGCCCCUGCAGCCCGAGGGUUGAAGCCAGAUACUUUUACGCAACAAGAUAUGAAGCUUGUUGAAAUAGCUCUCUACAAUGACAGUGGAAGCAGUGAAGAGAAGUGAUGACGAUCCAGAAGCUAUAACAUGUUGUGCCACUUGAGUUUAUCUAAUCUGUGUGUUUUAUGACUUUUUAGCCUUAUCUAAUUUAUGUUGUAUGACUUAAGUAGCAUUAUCUAGUCUAUGUUGUACUAUGCGUAGCGUGAACAAAAUGAUAAAAUGAAGAUUGUUUAAUUCAUUUCGAAAA